AUGCCUCCAGGCAAAAGCCAGAAUACAGAAGCAUUUGAAAGGAGCAGUGUAUUACUGGUGACGUACGUUGGCUGCCCUGUCGAUGAAGAUUAUAUGAUCAAGUUGGGAAACGCGCCCCAUCCGUUUCAACAGCGAGACAAGAAGAAGCGUCUUGGUCACUACUUGUAUGCAGUUAUUACGGUUGCCUUUUUCAAUACGUGCAUUAUAAAUUGCUGCAGCGCAGCUGCAUUGACAUCCGGCUGUUGA